AUGGUCGUCACCUGGAACACGCGCGACAACACCAACGAAUCGCUUUGCGAGUUCGCAUCGAGGGACUUCAGCGGCUGGCCAAAGGCGCCGCACGGACCCACAGCCUUUGUGGAUGGCGGACCCAAGAAGGCCACACAGUACAUUCAUCGCGUGACGCUGACGAAACUGGAGCCCAACAGCACGUACCGCUACCAUUGCGGGAGCCAGCUGGGCUGGUCGGCCACCUACUGGUUCCGCACGCAGUUCGGCCACAGCGACUGGUCGCCCUCGCUGGCCAUCUACGGGGACAUGGGCGUGGUGAAUGCCGCCUCAUUGCCGGCCCUGCAGCGGGAGACGCAGCGUGGCCUGUACGACGCCAUAAUCCAUGUGGGCGACUUUGCCUACGACAUGAGCAACGAGAACGGGGAGGUGGGCGACGAGUUUAUGCGCCAGGUGGAGACAGUGGCCGCAUAUGCCCCAUACAUGGUCUGUGUGGGCAAUCACGAGGAGAAGUACAACUUUUCGCACUACAUCAAUCGGUUCAGCAUGCCGGGCGGAUCGGAGAACAUGUUCUACAGCUUCGACAUGGGACCCGUGCACUUUAUCGGCUUCAGCACGGAGUUUUACUACUUCACACAGUUCGGCCUCAAGCAGAUCGUAUUGCAGUACGACUGGCUGGAGCGGGACCUCAUCGAUGCGAAUCGGCCGGAGAACCGCCAGAGGCGUCCCUGGAUCAUCACCUUCGGGCACCGUCCCAUGUACUGCAGCAAUGCGAACAGCGAUGAUUGCACCAACCACGAGACUGUCGUGCGGAAGGGUCUGCCCUUUCUGGAGAUGUUCGGUCUGGAGCCGCUCUUCUACAAGUACGGCGUGGACGUGGAACUGUGGGCCCACGAGCACUGCUACGAGCGGAUGUGGCCCAUGUACAACUACACGGUGUACAAUGGCUCGCUGGCCGAGCCGUAUGUGAAUCCCGGUGCACCCGUUCACAUAAUUACGGGAGCUGCCGGCAACCAUGAGGGCCGUGAACCCUUUCUCGAACGCAUGCCACCCUGGAGCGCCUUCCACAGCCAGGACUUUGGCUAUCUGCGCCUGCAGGCCCACAAUCGAACCCACCUGUACUUUGAGCAGGUCUCUGACGACAAGAAGGGCGAGGUCAUCGAUCACUUCUGGGUGGUCAAGGACAAGCAGGGCGCCUACAGGUCUGAGCUGUGAUCUCUGAUCUGUGUGCUUCCUGAUCUCUGCCAUGGCUGGAAACUUUGUGAUAAUCUCCCACAAAUUUUGUAAAAAGUUAUUUUAAAGGUUUCCCAACACGAGAAGUGUGUUUAUUUUUUCAAUUUUAUAGCGACGAAAUAGUUGUAUUUGUAUUUUUAUUGUACUAUAUACCACAAAAGUAUCCUGUUCAAGUCCUGCAUAAGAGGAUUUUUAACCCAACUAUCACGUUCGAUAUACACACAUAUAUCUGUAUCUGUAUCUGUAUCUGUAUCC